ACAAAAUAGGGGUCUUACUUUACAAUGUUGUUCUGAUAAGUCUUUGAAUCGACGCCGUCUGUAAUUGUGACUUUUGUUGGUUAUUAAUAUUUUAAUUGUGCACGGUACAAAUUUAAUUUGUCGAAUAUGAGUAUACUGAAUACUCAUGACUACUACAUCCUUAACGACUCCAUUACAGUACACCUACAGCUGAUACAAUGGUAUAUUCCAUAAGGUAUGGAAAUGGCAGUGCUGUAAGUGAGAGAUCAAGCUUGUGACAGCGGAGAAACUUGACUUUUUAAUAACACGUAUAUAUAUUUAUUAGAGCCUGAAGAAGAAGCCGUACGAUGUCCUUGAAGCCGCGGGUGGUGGACUUUGAUGAAACAUGGAACAAGCUACUGACGACAAUCAAGGCUGUGGUGAUGCUUGAUUAUGUGGAGAGGGCCACAUGGAAUGACAGAUUUUCUGACAUCUAUGCCUUGUGUGUUGCAUACCCAGAGCCUUUGGGUGAAAGAUUGUACACAGAGACCAAGGUAUUCUUGGAGAACCAUGUCAGACAGUUGUACAAGAAAGUUCUGGAGUCUGAGGAGAAGGUUUUAGUGAUGUACCACAGAUACUGGGAGGAGUACAGCAAGGGAGCAGAUUACAUGGAUUGCUUGUACAGGUACCUCAACACACAGUUCAUCAAGAAGAACAAACUGACAGAGGCAGACUUGCAGUAUGGCUACGGAGGGGUUGACAUGAACGAACCACUUAUGGAGAUAGGAGAGCUAGCACUUGACAUGUGGAGGAAGCUGAUGAUCGAGCCACUGCAAGCUGUCCUGAUCCGGAUGCUGCUGAACGAAAUCAAAAAUGACCGGUGUGGCGAAGACCCAAAUCAGAAAGUAAUCCAUGGGGUUAUCAACUCCUUUGUUCAUGUUGAACAGUACAAGAAAAAGUUUCCUCUGAAGUUUUAUCAGGAAAUCUUCGAAGGGCCAUUUCUGACGAAAACGGGAGAGUAUUACAAACAGGAAGCUUCCAAUUUACUGCAAGAGUCCAACUGCUCACAGUAUAUGGAAAAGGUUUUAGGAAGGUUGAAAGAUGAGGAGGUGCGAUGUCGGAAGUACCUGCACCCCAGCUCAUACGCCAAAGUCAUCCAUGAAUGCCAGCAGAGGAUGGUGGCGGACCACCUGCAGUUUCUCCACGGGGAGUGUCAGAAUAUCAUCCGCCAGGAGAAGAGAGACGGUCAGUCUGGUUACAGGAGUGACGACAUGGCUAACAUGUACACCCUGCUGAGAGCCGUGUCCAGCGGCUUACCCCACAUGAUCCAGGAGCUCCAGAUCCAUAUCCACGACGAGGGCCUCCGGGCCACCAGUAACCUCUCUCAGGAAAACAUGCCAACCCUGUUUGUGGAGUCCGUGUUAGAGGUUCACAGUAAAUUUGUUCAGCUCAUUAACACAGUCCUGAAUGGGGAUCAGCACUUCAUGAGCGCACUUGAUAAGGCUUUGACUUCAGUGGUUAACUACAGGGAGCCCAAAUCCAUCUGCAAAGCACCUGAACUGCUCGCUAAGUAUUGUGACAAUCUGCUGAAGAAGUCUGCAAAGGGAAUGACAGAGAAUGAGGUGGAGGACAAGCUGACUAGCUUCAUCACCGUGUUCAAGUACAUAGACGACAAGGACGUUUUUCAAAAGUUUUAUGCAAGAAUGUUAGCAAAGAGGUUAAUACAUGGGCUGUCCUUGUCCAUGGACUCAGAGGAAGCCAUGAUCAACAAACUAAAGCAAGCAUGCGGCUACGAGUUCACGAGCAAGCUCCACAGAAUGUACACAGACAUGAGCGUCAGCGCAGACCUGAAUAACAAAUUCAACAACUUCAUCAAGACCCAGGAAUCACCGGUUGACCUGGGAAUCAGCUUCCAGAUCUAUGUAUUACAGGCAGGAGCCUGGCCCCUCACACACAUCUCUUCCUCCACCUUUGCCAUCCCACAGGAGCUGGAGAAGAGUGUACAGAUGUUUGAGUUGUUCUAUAAUCAGCACUUCAGUGGGAGGAAGUUGACUUGGCUGCACUAUCUCUGCACAGGUGAGGUGAAGAUGAACUAUCUCUCCAAGCCCUAUGUUGCCAUGGUGACCACCUACCAGAUGGCGGUGCUGCUGGCCUUCAACAACAGUGAGACGGUGGGCUACAAGGAGCUCCAAGACUCCACCCAGAUGAACGAGAAGGAGCUUCAGAAGACCAUCAAGUCUCUGCUGGACGUCAAGAUGCUUAACCACGACUCUCAAAAGGUCAGGGGUCAGAUAUCAGCAGCCACAGAAUCACCCGGAGACCCAGAGUCAGCAGUGUCUUCUUUAGUGGAGGAAAUCGACACUGAGUCCACAUUUUCACUAAAUAUGAGUUUCACCAGUAAAAGAACAAAGUUCAAGAUCACAACGUCAAUGCAGAAAGACACACCACAGGAGAUGGAGCAGACGAGGAGUGCAGUGGACGAGGACCGCAAAAUGUAUUUACAAGCUGCUAUAGUGAGAAUCAUGAAGGCACGCAAAGUGCUCAGACACAACGCCCUCAUACAGGAGGUCAUCAACCAGUCCAAAGCCAGAUUUAACCCCAGUAUCAGCAUGAUCAAGAAGUGCAUUGAGGUGCUCAUUGACAAGCAGUACAUUGAGCGGAGCCAGAGCUCUGCAGACGAGUACAGCUAUGUGGCAUAAUGGAGGAAUAAUGGCGUAUAAGGCCCCCUACCCCAACCAACCGCAGGUUAAGCAAAGAACGACAGAGACCAUUCUUCUUCAUAUAUUUUUGGGCUGUUGCUGUCUCACGUGCUCCCGUAGGGAGGGAGGGAUGAAGCAGGACUAUGUGCCUCCAUCUUGGAAACAAGCAAAACAAGUCACCCCAGACAGCCACCGAAACACGACACCUUCUGACCCCCCCCCCCCCCCCCCCCCCUUCUGAUUUUAUGCUGUUUACAUCACCAGUGCCACGCACCGUUGCGUCAAUGAAAAUGCCUAUAGCUAUCCGUGUGCAAAGCUGAUAAUACAUUUUUUGUUGACUUAACCGAAAACAAAGAAGAAUGGAAAAAGAGCGAGUGAGCUGUGACAUUGACGGAAAUGUUGGAGACUAGACGUGGAAAACCAUGCUUUCUUUUCUCACAUUUACAGUUUUCUUUUUUUAUGUAUCGAAGUUAGAAAACAAUAUUGUAAUAAAACCGGUAUACUGAUAAUUGUAUCUACUUUCAAAUGUAAAGAACAAACAAAUUGAGGUGACAAACAUGGUCCCGCUGCUUGUCAAAUAAAUAAAUAAAAACACUGAGGGAUUUUGGGAAA